CGUAGCAGCCUCACGUUCCAGUUUCAAUUGCCAUUAGUCUACCCAUUAAUUACGGAAUGGCCGCUGCUUCUUUAAGCGGAGUCCACGUCGCUGGCCUCGUCGAGAUUGGAUUCCAGUUCUUGAGGGGCGAUCCCGAUCGGCUCAUAUUGAGGGGGAUGGGGAGAAUUAGGGCUGUCCUGUUAGCAGUGGUGUUCCUUGCGGCAGAGAUGCCGCAGUUGUUGGGAUCCCCUGUCACGGGGCCUGCUUUUCUUUGGUCGCCUCAACAUUUUGGAUCAUCACAGCAUGACAAUGAAGAAUUUGUUGACUACCGAACAUUCUCCCCAAAGGAUUUGGCAAAAUCGGUUUUGUCUGAAGGAGGUUGGUCAAAUGUUGUGUGCACUCGGGAAAAACUUAAUGAUAACAUGGAUGUUGCUGUUGUUUUUGUUGGAAGAAAGUUACAAACAUCAGAUAUCUCUAGUAUUAAACAACCAGAUCCUUCUUUGAUAGACAUUCUAAAGCUCUCGUUCACAACUUCAAACUUCUCUAUGGCAUUUCCAUAUGUUGCCAUAGAUGAACAGGAGAUGCUGGAAAAUUCUUUAGUAAAAGGUUUUGCAGAAAAUUGUGGACAAGGGUUAGGAGUGAAUCGGAUUGCAUACUUGGACUCCUGUUCUCUCGAUGGUGGAAACAAGAAACUUGAAGGCCUACAUUCUGUUCAUGAUAUUUUGGCUUCAAGAAUAAGUGGGAAGAUGGAUUUGAUUGUUUUGUGCAGUGGAGACUCUAAAGAAUCAGACCGCACUCCAUCAGAAGGGGAGGCUUUAUCUAAUGUAGUCGAUAUGCUAAAGCAGUCUGGUGCCAAGUAUACGAUUCUCUAUGCUUCGAGACCAUACAGGACAACUCAGUACCCCGCCCAUUUGGCAGUAAGGUUUCUUGCAGAAAGCCCUCAAGGCCAAGCAUCUGCUAACUCAACUUGUGAUGGAGUUUGCCAAAUAAAAUCAUCACUCCUUGAAGGGAUAUUUGUGGCAAUUGUGCUGCUCAUAAUUUUGAUAUCAGGACUGUGUUGUAUGAUUGGAAUUGACACACCUUCAAGAUUUGAGACUCCGCAAGAAUCUUGAGAAGCUAUGUUAGAUGGGCUUAUCAUUGAUGGACCAGUGUGCUACCCGGACAUGAGACAUGUAUCUCUGCGAUUCACAUUAUAAUAGCUCUGCUCUCUUAUUGGCAAGGUUGUCUUGUCAUUCUAAUCAAUAAUACACUGCUCACGGCCUGUGUGUAAGGUAUUUGUUCUCCUUCAGGAUUUCUAGAUCCAGACACAGGCUGAAGUCAACUAUGAAGCAUAUUCCCAUGUUGUAUUAUGAGUCUGUCUUGCUUCCACAAUUUUCUUAUCCCACACUCUGGACUUACACACAUGCUGCUACGUUGAUGUUUCUCA